GCCGCCGCGACCGCUCACGCCUUACCGUGAUCGCACACUGCGAUAACUUGCAUUGCGUCUCGCGCAACGCAACUCUUUGCUUUACCGGUAAUGAGACUUGCUUCAAAAGUUUUAAAGUUGUAAUGUGCGGUUCAAAGAACGUAGUAUUGGGAAACAUGUGGUGUCGGUGAUCGCGCGAUGCGGCGACAGUCGCGCGCCUCGACCGCGCGAUGAGCGUGAGUCGCCAACCUCCUGCGCGUUCAGCUCGCCUGCACGCGCGCCAGACACUUCUGCUUAUGUUCAUUCUCCCGCUAUUUUUUGCUUUAGUAAAAGCACAACCGGAGCGCACUGUAGCGGUUGAUCGUUUGGAGAACGUCACUCACACGGUUACUCGUAUUCUCGACGGCUACGACAUUCGUCUACGUCCUAACUUCGGCGGCGACCCGCUUUACGUCGGCAUGGAUUUAACCAUUGCUAGUUUCGACGCAAUAUCCGAAGUUAAUAUGGACUACACAAUAACCCUUUAUUUAAAUCAAUAUUGGAAAGAUGAGAGGCUCGCUUUCGGUUUACAAGACGAGGUCCUAACCUUAUCUGGAGAUUUCGCUGAUAAAAUUUGGGUACCGGACACCUUCUUUGCAAACGACAAAAAUAGUUUUCUCCACGAUGUGACGGAACGCAACAAGCUGGUUCGCCUCGGCGGGGACGGUAGCGUGACCUACGGCAUGCGUUUCACGGCCACACUCGCCUGCAUGAUGGACUUGCACUACUACCCCCUUGACAGCCAGAACUGCACCGUCGAGAUUGAAAGCUAUGGCUACACUGUGUCGGACGUGGUCAUGUACUGGAAAGAAACACCUGUACGUGGAGUCGAAGACGCAGAACUUCCUCAAUUUACUAUUCUCGGACACGAAACUAACGACAGAAAGGAGAAGUUAGCUACUGGCAUCUAUCAACGGUUAUCUCUCAGUUUCAAACUUCGAAGGAACAUUGGAUAUUUUGUGUUUCAAACCUACCUGCCGAGCAUUUUGAUUGUAAUGCUAUCUUGGGUCUCCUUCUGGAUCAAUCACGAGGCUACUUCGGCCAGAGUUGCAUUAGGAAUCACCACUGUGCUUACAAUGACUACCAUUAGCACAGGUGUUAGGAGCAGUUUGCCGCGCAUAUCUUACGUGAAAGCGAUUGACAUUUACCUUGUCAUGUGCUUCGUGUUCGUAUUCGCGGCACUCCUGGAAUAUGCCGCAGUAAACUAUACCUACUGGGGCGCAAGGGCAAGAAAGCGUGCCAAGUUAAAAAACCGCGACCAAAUUUCCACUAGCACUAGUAUGGAUAAGGAACUAAAAUCUGGCGAAGGUUCCCACUCUCCAGAAGAAAUCAUAGCUCUCCGUGAAUACACAACUACCACUGGACGAGUGUCUCCGUUGCCAAGUCUGCGGUCGCGACCGCUGCCACCUACCACUGGUGCACCACCGUCGCUGCGACUCCAGAGAGAUUAUACGAACCUGCGCUACAGGACACGGCCUCAUUCGAAGAACUCGAGAAAUAAUACCAACAAGCCAAAGAUGAUGCACGCUCUGAAACGAGGCGCUACUGUCAUAAAAGCUUCAAUGCCCAAAAUACGUGACGUUAACGUCAUAGACACGUAUUCACGCGUCAUUUUCCCAAUAUGCUUUCUUAUAUUUAACGGUGUCUAUUGGGUUUUCUAUAUAUUCGAUUAGGGAUUUAGAUUAUGUAAAAAUAAUUUAAA